AUUGGGCGUGGGAGAUAAACAUUGUUACGUCAUAGCCUGCCAUUAUAUAAUUAUUAUUGUCACGCAAUCUCAGCAAAAAAAGAUGACUUUAAGCUUGGCAUUGCUCCUCUUUAUCACUGCUUUUUCUGAAGCUUUUUCGUAUUUAAUAGUAGAAUGUAGAGGGGACUACAAUAACACGUUCAAUAUGUUCAGAGAUAGUAGCAGUACGGAUAAACUCUAUGCUAAUAUACCUAAGGAACUAGUCGGGUACUUGUAUCACCAACAAGACAUCAACACCUCGAUUAACACCAAGGACUGCUCUUCAUACACAAUACCACCUCCGUUAAUUACGAGGAAAGAUGCAGCUUCUAUACUAUUACUUGGAAACUACAGUUCGUGUAUGUUGGAAAGGAUAAAGAUGGCCAGAGCUGUCGGUUACGAUGCAAUACUGUCAUACACGAUAAAUGACAUAAACAGGACCAUUACAGGCUCUAUUGCAUUAACAGGAUUCCCCAUUGGAAUGAUAGAGUACAGCACAGUUGACACGUUCACUACACGUGUUGCUGUGCCAAUAACUAAUGAUACUUUAGUCAAGAUAACAUUAAGCUCAGCACCAGUCAACAUAGUGCUGCCUGCAGUUGCAUCUAUAGUGUCACUUCUCUUAUGCUUAUUUUUAUCAUUUUGCAUUUAUCAUAAUGUACGGUCCUUCAAAAGGAGAGCCAGACGAAAGAGCCUUGCAGACAAACUAGUCAUACCAACAAGAAGAUACGGAGAAGGGAGACAAGAGAAGCAUACUGCCUGCAACAUUUGCUUAGAGGAUUUCAAAACAGGCACAAUUGUUAGACAGCUCCCAUGCGAACACAUCUUCCAUCCAUCAUGCAUUGAUGAGUGGCUCAGUAGACACAGUUGUGUCUGUCCAAACUGCAAGAUGAACCUAAGGAGACACUACUAUGGCUCCAUGUACAGUAAAAAUAACGAGAAAUAAUCUGCUGAUAUAUCAUAUCAUAUGAAAUAUAUAAUUUUGUGUGGAAUGAAAGUGCAUAUUUUCUUAUUAUUAUGAAUUGAAUGAUCAUUGUUUUUAGUUUAUUUUGAAGAAGUGGAAUAACAUGUCGUGUUUUAAAUCCUGUAAA